CAAACCUACAACUUAACACAACUUGACCUGUUUAGCAAAUGAUACUGGCAAAUACUCCUCGAUAUAUAGAACCAAAUCAUAUCUUCUCUUGCGUAGCUAUACAACCCUCUUCACACUAGGAAAUAUCUACAUAUUCCUUCGUAAUACGGGCAUAAACCAGUUCACGUGCUCGACUAGAAGUCUAUACUUCAACCUACAUAGUGACCAACGGAGGAGUUGGAACGUAUAACUGUUUCUGCCAUUACUCUCUCAAGUCCUCCCCUGGAGCUUGGAGCAUAUAGAAGAGAAUAAUCUACAACCAUGUCCCGUAAAGGUGUCGGCCUCGCCGCCUUCGACCGCUCCCGCCUAACAUCGGCACAAUUCGCCUCCCACGGGAACUCCUUACGAUCCCACGACGCGCAGGCUCUCGAAACGCAACUCUCCGUCUUCCGUUCCCUCCUGCAACAGUUCGCGCAGACCCACGCCAAGGACAUCCGGUCGGACCCGUCUUUCCGCGCGCAGUUCGCGCGCAUGUGCGCCGCCAUCGGCGUAGACCCGCUGGCGUCCUCUUCACACGGCAGCAGCACCGGGCCGUCCAGCCUAUGGGCGCAGCUACUAGGGCGCAGCGUUAACGAUUUCUACUUCGAGCUCGCGGUGCGCGUGGUCGAGGUAUGCGGGGCUACGCGCGGCGAGAACGGCGGGCUGAUCGGCGUGCGCGAGCUGCGUGAGCGGCUGUCCCGCGGGCGCAUGGAGGGCGCUCCUGAGAUCGCGGACGACGAUGUGCUCCGCGCUGUCGGGACCCUGAAGCCGCUUGGCUCGAGCUACUCCGUUGUGCGCGUGGGCAGCAAGCCGUAUAUCCGCUCCGUGCCCAAGGAGCUGAAUACGGAUCAGAGCGCCGUGCUCGAGGCCGCGCAGGUGCUUGGGUAUGUGAGCGUUUCGAUGCUUAUGGUGAAUCUGCGCUGGGCGAGGGCGCGCGCGCAGACGGCGGUGGAUGAUCUCCUGGGCGAGGGCAUGCUCUGGGUUGACAAGCAGGCUCCUGAGUGGGAGUACUGGAGCCCGGGGUUCAUGCUGGAUGCUGAUAGUGGAGUUGCGGCUGGAGGAUGAAAUGAUAUCUACGGGACUAUCCUCACCGGCCUCGAUUGCUGAUAUAUAAAGGCACGAGACAUAGAUGACAAACUACGGGUCUUUAUGAACUUAGUCAUCUUAGCUGUACCGCCUCCCCUUAGAUCCUGGUUCUACGAGGCGCUCUCAGUAUCGAAAAGGAAUCGCUGAGGUGAUUGGUUGUUGAAUAAAAAAGACAGAGUCGAUCUUGCAGGGUAUCGUAUGGCUAUUUCUAGUCGUAUGAACACGAGCUAGACUAUUAAGGGGUUUUAUUACUCGCAGCUUAAGGUCACAUACUAUUGGCGCAGUCCCCUCCUAUGUACGUAGUAACAGUGGUGCCGUGGGGACUUGGAGAUCUUAGUAUAGCAACACAUCAUGGCGAUCUCCCGACAGAAACGCAAUGGCUAGAAUUGUUCUGGGAGGCAGAUAUCCAAA